CGCUCGCGCCAAGGCUAGUGCUCGUUUUGCUGAGCGCGGCCCCGACACACACAUUCUGUCUGCUCCAUCACGGCACCGCGCUUUUGCGCACAAGUCGAAGAAGGGUGGGGAAACGGAGAAAGGACGGCCAAACCUGAAAGUGCGGCUUGUUCAGUAAUCGUUAGGGUGAGCGAUCAGAAAGAGAGGUAAACACGGCAACAGUAGACGGCAUGGCAAGACGCCGAACUGAAGAUAUAAUAAGAUGAAUUCAUGCCACACCGCCGGGCUGACUUGAGCAGCCGGAAAGUAUGAGGUGUAGAACUCUGUCGAAUUUUACUUUUAAUUUAAUUUAGACAGAAGGCUAAUUAGUUAGCUGGUUUCUUCUGCAAUAGUUUGGGGGCUAAAGAAAAGCAAACAUGUCAUUGAGCAGUGAAACCAAGAAGACAAGUCGCAAGACUGGCGUGAAUUUCUGCGACACUCCGACUACGAUCUCCUCCGAGGAGCCAGUGGACGCGCCCUCUACUGUCAACCAGGUGCUCCUGGAGCUGCUGGGUUACUUUGGGAGAGCUUUUCUUUACCUGUUCCCUGUCUACCUGAUCGGCUACUUGGGGCUUAGCGUAUCCUGGCUGCUCUUUGGUUUGAUGGUGUGGACUUGGUGGAGGCGGAAUAGAAAGUGGAAAAAGUCCCGUUUAGCGAGGGCACUGGAAUUUUUAGAAAAUGAAAAGCAACUCAUUAUCGAAGGAAUCAAAGAUCUGGACCUCCCUGCUUGGGUUCAUUUUCCUGACAUUGAAAAAGCAGACUGGUUAAACAAGUUGCUAAAGCAGGCCUGGCCUUACUUUGGAAUAUACAUGGAAAAGAUGCUUCAGGAUACAAUUGAACCAGCAAUCAGAGCAUCAAGCAUACAUCUUAAGACAUUUACUUUCUCUAAGAUUAAUUUUGGAGAAAAGGCUCUCAAAAUUAAUGGAGUGAAGGUAUACACAAAAGAAGUGGACAAAAGACAAGUGAUCAUUGACCUCCAACUAAGUUAUAUUGGAGAUUGUGAAAUCAAUGUUGAAGUGAAAAAGCUGUGUAAAGCCGGAGUAAAAGGAGUUCAGCUUCAUGGUACUUUGCGUGUCAUUCUGGAACCUCUAGUAGGCCAAGUGCCCUUUGUGGGUGGGAUAACAAUUUUUUUUAUUCGAAGACCGCUUCUCGAAGUUAACUGGACUGGACUUACAAACUUGCUGGAUGUUCCAGGAUUCAGUGACAUGUCAGAUGCUAAGAUUUUGGAACUUGUUUCCUCCUAUUUGGUGUUACCUAAACGGCUCUGCAUUCCUUUGAUUGACAAAAUACAAGUGGCACAGUUGAAAUUUCCACUCCCUCAUGGUGUGGUUCGGGUACAUUUAGAAGCAGCCAAGGAUCUUGUGCGGAAGGAUACCUACUUGAUGGGCAUGGUUAAAGGAAAAUCAGACCCGUAUGCAAUACUGAGAGUUGGGACACAAACACACCGAAGCAGAACAAUCAAAGAAGAACUGAACCCAAGCUGGAAAGAAGUUUAUGAAUUUGUAGUUCAUGAAGCUCCAGGUCAGGAUUUAGAUGUGGAAUUAUUUGAUGAAGACCCUGAUAAAGAUGAUUUCCUUGGCAGCCUCUGUAUUGACCUGGGUGAAGUUAUGAAAGACAGAGUAGUGGAUGAGUGGUUCCCACUGAACGACAUAGAAAGUGGUGAGGUCCAUUUAAAACUCGAGUGGCUGUCUUUACUGGUGGAUCAGCAGAGGCUUGUGGAGAACAAUCAAAGGCGACCCUGCGCCAUAUUAGUCAUUUAUUUGGACAGUGCUUGUAACCUACCUAGAAACCAGUUUGAAUAUAGCAACAAUGAAUAUGGCUUAAAGAAGACAAAAACCCCUAAAUAUAUCAAGUUAACCAAAAAUAAAAGCAAUGGAGAGCCGUGUUCAUAUGUGGAGUUCUCUACAGACAAGGAAUCCCAGAAGAGCAAGGUUUCUUAUUCAACCAAAGACCCAGUGUGGGAGGAGCCAUUUACUUUCCUGGUCCAUAAUGUUCAUUCUCAAUCACUUAACAUUGAGGUGAAAGAUGAUGACAGAAAUUGUGCCCUUGGUACUCUAACUAUCCCACUGUACCGUAUAUUGACUGCGUCUGAAAUGACACUGGACCAGAGGUUUCAGCUGGACCAUUCUGGUCCCAGUAGCACAAUCAAAAUGAAACUUUUGCUAAGGAUUCUAACACUAGAAGAACCUGACCCUGAUUCCAUCUAUACAGGCCUGAAUGCCUUAAAGAAAGUUCCCUUGUCCAUUAAAAAGAAGAAAGUGCCAAGCAAAAGUGAGCCAUCACCAUCUGAGCAAAAAAAGCACGAACUUUUCAUGCGACCUACCAGUGGGCUACACUAUGCUUCCUCAGAAACUAACUUGGACAAAGAAAAAGUGCAGCACUCUUUUAGGACUGCUGUUGUUACAGAUCCAAAGCCUGCAGGUGUAGCCACACCAGUUGCUCGCAAAUCCUCAGUCUUACAGCCAAACCGUAAAACAGAAACCACCAGCAUGAUUUCUGACAUCUCUGUUUGUUCGUCCCAUUUUGAUUUGAUUGAUGGUCAGCUUCCACUUCCUAAUGGAACAAGUAGUGAUGGAGUCAGUUUGGGACAGAUUAACGUAUCUGUACACUACACGUCUGUGAGACACCACCUGAUUGUUCACGUCAAUGAGUGCAGGAACUUAAUCCCUAGCUCUCAAAGUGGAUCUGAUCCAUAUGUUCGCAUCUACUUGCUUCCAGACCGCAGCUGGGCCAACCGAAAAAGGACCUCUGUGAAAAAAAAGACCCUCGAUCCCGUGUUUAAUGAGAAGUUCGAGUUCCCAGUCUCACAAGACGAAGUGAAAAAGAGAAAGUUGGAAAUUGCUGUUAAAAACAACCGAUCUUUCACUUCUCAUGAACGAAAGGAACUUGGCAAGGUGGAGAUUGAUCUUUCCAAAGAAGACUUAAUUAAAGGAUUCACACAGUGGUAUGAACUCUCUUUGAAUGGACUGUAGAGCAUACAAUGGAAAGAGAUAUUUGGACUCGGGAGCCUCAAGCAACCUUGGCUUCAAUGACCAGCUGACGUCCUGUGGCAUCGCUGCCUUCGAUAUGAAAAACAAACAGAACGGUUUCAGAAUCUCCCAAUGGUACAUCAAUAUGAAUGCCAAUGUAAAGUUUCGAAUG